UUCUUUCAAAAGUAUUACUUGGAGAAAAACUACAAAAUAUUCGACAAUGUCAGAUUCGAGAAAACGUAAAUUACUUUCUUCAUGCAUUGUCAACUCGCGUGAUUCCAUUUUUAAUUCCUUUUAUGAUGGACAUCACAGCAAGUUCACUGAAAGUAACUUUAUAUUUGAAGCCGAUUAUAGGUUACAAUCUGCUCAAAAGUAUAUUUCGUUCCCUGGAAAGCAUCAAGUUGAAUUUCCAGUUCAAACACUUCAGCCAAAAGUUCAAACCAUUCAAAAGGUGCCACUUAAAGAAUUACCUCGUGCCGUUAGAAUCGAUCGUCUACGACGUCAGUAUUCAAAAUUACGAAUCUCUGAACUUCUUGAGAAAGCAGGAAUUUUAAGCGAGAAUCUAUUCAAUCCCGAAGAUAUCCAGGAAAAAUCGCACAUAGAUGCAUUUUUCGAGAAUAUAAGAAUCAGCCUACACUUUUUCGAUGAAGAUAGUUUUGAUACAAACACAAGCAUUGGGUGGCUCAACAGGGGGCUAAUUGACGGUGUGAGACAUCCUAUGCCAGCAUGGGCCUUCAUCAGGACCUCAAGUGGAGUUUAUUCAUGGGAAAUGGUAGCAGUUUACACCUAUGAUUUGGAUUCUCUGCUAUUCAAUAUAAUCGAUUUAAAAGAGGCUCAAAUGCACAAAAUAUAUAGAAUAUAUUUAAUGUUCAUGGCUGAAAAUCCAUAUUGUUUUUUAGAACGAAUCAAAUCAGCACUUUUACAACGAAGUGUUUUCGAAUCCAACGUGAGAUAUCAAACACUUUUAGAUUGUGCGUUGUUCGAUAGAACCCCAAAAAUGGAUCAAUCAUUACUGUUUAAUCAAAUACUUAAACUGUCUUUUGUUAAUGAUGUCUCAUUUGAAGAUCCAAUUUGCCAAAGUAUCUGCGACGAAAUACGAAUUCAAUAUCAGCGUGUUAUGGUGUCUUUCGAACUUCAGGCGUUUUUACGUAAUCAUUCUAUAGAAUUUCCAUCCGUUGGAGUAUUUCAAACAAAACCAAAACUUUAUGUAGAUCAACCGCACAUAUCAACAACAGAUGAGAUAAAGAAUUUAACGAAAUGUCUCCGUGGACUUACCCUCUUCUACACUAGCGAAUCCAUACAAGCCAUGAUGAGUGCAGUAGUAGAGUGUAUGCGAAUAGAAUCGUUUUCGCUAUUUACGUAUCUCCUUAUGAAGUCGGUUUCUCUAUCGGAAUUCGUAAGUAUUCAGGAGGGCAACUCCUCAACCACAAUCAAUUAUUUAAAAUAUUCUUGGCCGGAAAACCUCUCAGCUAAGAUUUGCAUCCGCCUUCGGAGCAUAGGCAAGGGUUGGCUUGAUCUUUCAGUCUCCGAUUGGAACGUCUUUAAGGUUGCUAAAAUCUUCAGAUUCUUUCUUCAGACAAAAUUUCGAAUGCAAGAAGCCCUUCAAAUUCUCUUGGAAAAAUCUAUAACGAGUUACAGUCAUUUGCUUAAUAAUCCUUGCUUGGAUUUUUUGGAUAUUCAAAGUGAUUAUGUCUGGACCAAUGAUCUGCUAAAAACUCCAUUUAACAGAUUGAAUCUGCCUCCUGUUUUUAGGAUAGUUUUACAAGUAAAUUGCAACGGUCCCUUCUACUCAACUGAUCCCACUGAAUUUGAGCCUACAGUAACGAAACUUCUAUAUACAACACUAAUGUCAACUUGUGGCAUUCGAAUAAUUGAACCGGACAGCUUACUUAACUUGUCUUUUGACAAAAAUCUGUAUAUCUACACCGUGGAAUUAAUUGAAAACAUGUACAUAGAGCAUGUCAAUCGCCUUCAUGCCUCUUAUUCGAAGGCAGUAAUCCCGCUAAAUGCGUACUUGCAGAAAUACGAAUGUUUUGUAGAAUUCCACGAAAUGGUAGUCGAUGAGUACAUUCAAGAAUUUGCACAGUCAGAAAAGUCUUCCCAAGAAUUCAGAAGUGAAAUCAUAUGGCAGAAGGAGCAAAAAGAAUACUUGAGGGCAAUUCUACCGGAGAGUAUUGUUAUUGGACCAUUUGAUAUAUACGUUGAACCCCUCAAGAAGUAUCUGGUCAAUAAAAGAAUUGAAAUCAUUCGUAAAUUAUUUUUAUAUUAUGUGGAACGUAUGUUAAAAAUAAAUGAAGACAUUCUGGAUCAAUUACUAGAAAUUGAUAGGAAAUUGAAUGAAAAACUACUUUCCAUUGAACAUCUCUUCGAAGUUAAAGAUUUCAUGCAACUUGUGCCGGAUAAGUUGAUAAUCUUGCGAGAACGUAUUCAAAUCAUGAUAAUUGAAUACAACAUUUUGGACUCAUUUUUCUAUAACCUCAGUGAUCAGCAGUUUGCCAUGAAAUGGGAAGCAUUUGGAUGGCCACACAAAAUAAUGAAACGUUUGAUUGUUAUGAAAGAAGAGCAUAAAAUUGAUAUUGAAGAAUUCAGGCGAAUACAAAUAAGGGAACUAGCUUCAUUUCAGGAACGAUUGGAGUCUCUGAAUGAGGAAAUUAUGACGUUCUCAUUGCAUUUUGACCAUGAAAAGGCUCUGGAGGUGGCCGUGGAGGCCAAAAAAACUUGGAAACUCAUAACCGAAUUACAAACCAUUGGCAAUCUUCUGAAACAAAGGCAAAUUCUUUUUGAAGACGAUGAACUAUCUUUGGAUUAUUUAGAAGGUAUAAUUGACAGCUUUAACCCUUACCGGAUAAUGUGGAAUGCAUGUUCAGAUUUUAUUAAACUUGAAGAAAUAACUAUUGGUAAUCCGAUAACUGCAAUUGAUUUAAAUGAUAUAAAACAAAACGUAGCUGAGUUAACCAGGAUUCUGGAAUCAUCUGUUGAAAUUUUUAACGAAAAACCAGAUACUCAAAAUAUUGCACUCGUAUAUUUAAACAAAAUUAAAGAAUUCCGUCCAAUUUAUGAAACAAUUGAAUGUAUUAAAAACGAAAAUUGGUUAUUAACACAUUGGCAAGAAUUUUCUCAUCGAUCUGGUAUUGAUAUAAAAUUCUCAAUUGCAAUGAAUUUUGGAUAUUGCAUUAAGAAGGGAAUUUUAGACCAUAGUUUGCUAGUCAAGGAAAUUGCCGCAAAAGCUGUACUUGAAGCUGGUAAUAUACGUAUGGCGAUGGAAGAAGAAGAGCGAUUACGAAAGGAAGCUGAACUGGCUUUACUCGAGAGGAAAAAGAACCGAAAAUGUCGCACUGAUAUAUUGUAAAAAAAAACUAUGAUAAAUAAAAUU